GUUCUGCUCAAGCUCUGAAACUCAAGACAGUUUAGAAAACCCCUCAGUGUGUCACUCAUAAAGCCACUGCAGAGGACGCAGGACCUGAAGAGGAAACACAUGCUGUUAACUGCCUGACUGGAUAAAGUUUUCUUGCGAGGAGCUUGAAUAAACAACAGCUUCAAUAAUGAGGACUCCAUCAGUGCUGCUCUCUGCGUUAGUUCUGUCGCUGCAGCUCAGCUCGCUGUUCAGUACAGAUGCCGUGACCUUUCAAAGCGCUUUACCGCACCCGAACAAAUACAACCCAAACGAAUCGGAGAGAUGUCUGCAACCCCCCAUCGGUGGACUCAUUUCCCGCGGGCCGGGGCCGGUCACCUCAACCGACGAAGUGCUGGAGUCCAGUCAGGAGGCGCUGCACGUCACGGAGCGUCGGUACCUGCGGCUGGACUGGUGCAAGACGCAGCCGCUCAAGCAGACCAUCCGCGAGGAGGGCUGCCUGAGCCGCACCAUCAUCAACCGCUUUUGCUACGGGCAGUGCAACUCCUUCUACAUCCCGCGGCACAUUUACCAGGACGGGAGCGCCUUCGAGUCCUGCUCCGCCUGCAAACCCAAAACCUUCAGCACCGUCACGUACACCCUGUUCUGCCCGGGACAAACGCCGAACAGCAGGAAAAAACGGGUGCAGCGCGUGAAGCAGUGCCGCUGCACGACCAUAGAUACGGAUUAGACGGAAACCAACGCGCGCGGGCUGAUAAAUAUUCUGUGCAGCUUUGCAAGAAUAAAAAAAAGGGAAAGUUGCCUCGACAAAGUGGUGAGGAACUUACCUGAGCCUUGUCUGGUUAUAAUGGAGAGAGGAUGUUCAGCAAUAUACCACUAAUUCUGCUGACAGAUUCAGGAGUCAUAGUCCCUCUACCUGCAAUUAAUAAUUUCUCACACUGAACCAAUAUCUUGUCUCUUAUUUCCAGAAAGUCUUUUUGUGAGUAUUAGAGGUUUUGUUGUCAGAUGGUUUUAGAUGCAAGGACUUUGCCAAAGUUUAGAGUUUUAGUUAAACUGGUGACCCUCAGUGCCAAAGACAGAUUAGGUUUAAGCUAAAUUCUAUUCAUAAUGUCAGAUAAAUACAGGCUGAUGGAUGUGUGCGACCAUAAGAGGACACAUCUUCAAAGGACUUGGAUGGUGUUAUUGUUUCCACUGUGUGGGAUGUUGAGUCGAAAGCUUUCAUGAUAUAAAAGUAUAAUUUUUUAUUUUUAUUUUUUACAACCUGCACUGCUAAA